AUGUCUGAUCAAAACAUUCAACGUAAUACUAACCAAAUCAAUAAUGCAUUGAAUGCGAUACAGAAGAAAUCAAAAUCGGCUCACCAGGCGCAAAAUAGCAAGAACGUACCUGUUUGUGCCAAAGUUGAAGAUAGGGAUUAUACCAUUUAUGUUACUGAAGAAGGUGAAAAGAUUUCAACUGUUGAAAGAGCUGUCAAAUCAGUUAGAGCACCAGCUACUUUUAAACCAACUGAUAAUCAAGUUUUCUUACCUAAUGGAUUACCAAAUUGUGAAUUUUUAAAAAAUCAUUUUAUACAAGAAGGUAGAUUACGUGAAGAACAGGCAAUAAAAAUCAUUAAAAUGGCCACUCAAAUUUUAAGUAAUGAACCGAAUUUAUUAAGUAUAACUGCCCCAGUUACUAUUUGUGGGGAUGUUCAUGGACAAUAUUACGAUUUGAUGAAAUUAUUUGAAGUUGGUGGUGAUCCUGCCAGUACCAAGUAUUUAUUUUUGGGAGAUUAUGUUGAUAGAGGAUCAUUUUCAAUUGAGUGUUUGAUUUAUUUAUAUUCGUUGAAAAUCACCUAUCCAAAUAGUUUUUGGAUGUUGAGAGGUAAUCAUGAAUGUCGUCAUUUAACUGAAUAUUUUACAUUUAAAAAUGAAUGUUUACAUAAAUAUUCGGCUCAAUUAUAUGAAGUUUCUCUUACAAGUUUUAAUGCCUUACCUUUGGCUGCUAUUAUGAAUGAACAAUUCUUUUGUGUUCAUGGAGGAUUAUCUCCACAAUUGACAAGUUUGGAUAGUAUUAGAAGAUUACAUCGAUUUAGAGAACCUCCAACUAAAGGUUUAAUGUGUGACUUAUUAUGGGCUGAUCCAAUUGAAGAAUAUGAUGAAGAUACUUUGGAUCAAGAAUAUGUGACAAAUACAGUUAGAGGUUGUUCAUAUGCAUUUACAUAUAAAGCUGCUUGUAAGUUCUUGGAUAGAACUAAGUUAUUAUCCGUUAUUCGUGCUCAUGAAGCUCAAAAUGCUGGGUACAGAAUGUACAAACGAACUAAAACUAUGGGAUUUCCUUCCUUGUUGACCAUGUUUAGUGCACCAAAUUAUUUGGAUAGUUAUAACAAUAAAGCUGCUGUGUUGAAAUAUGAAAACAAUGUGAUGAACAUUAGACAAUUUAAUUCUUCUCCACAUCCUUAUUGGUUGCCUCAUUUCAUGGAUGUUUUCACUUGGUCAUUACCAUUUGUUGGGGAGAAAGUUACUGAUAUGUUGGUUUCUAUUUUGAAUGUUUGUACUGAAGAAGAAUUGGAUGAAGAUUUACCAUUCACAGAAUCUCAAAUUGGUAUCCAAACUGCUGAAACUCCAGUGUCUCCAAGAGCUCGUCCUCCAAUUGAACCAGUUUCAGAACUGACCCGAACAAAUGAAGUACUUAAAGAUGAAGAUGAAGAUUUGACUUUAGAAGAAAAGAGACAAGCAUUACGUAAUAAAAUCAUUGCCAUUGGUAAAAUGUCCCGUAUGUUUCAAGUUUUACGAGAAGAACAAGAGAAUGUUGCUCAUUUAAAACAAUUAAACAGUGGUAUCUUGCCCAAAGGAUCUUUGUUACAUGGUGCUGACAGUUUAUUAAGUACAAUUAAUUCAUUUGAAGAAGCUAAAGCUGCUGAUAGAGUCAAUGAAGCUUUACCUCCUUCUCAAGAAGAUAUGAAGAAAUUACAGCAAGAAAAGAAUCAAAGAAUAAGACAACAAAUUGAAAAUCAACAAAAUAGUGGACCUGUAUUUCAAAGAUUGAUUAGAAAAUUAUCAAAUAAUUAG